AUGGCGGUGACAUUCGUUGCGCUUCUGUUGUCUCUGGCCAUUGGGAUGGUGCAAGGGGAGGGCGUUUAUGUUGGUGGAUACCAAUUCGCAAUGGCAGAUUGUCCGAAUAGGUGCCUCACGCACGACACAAUACAAAACCGUGUGGAACUGGCGGACUGUAGGACUGGUGGAAACCAUAAAGCUUGGGAGCUGAACUACUCUUGCGGGAAACACAGAGAACUCAAAGGAUUCUUUCAAAUACGGAACGUUUUGAACAACAAAUGCAUUGCUGAUCCCGAAGACUGUGCUAUCUGCAAUAAAGACGUUUCCCUUGUUGAUUGUGAGAGUGAGAGAGCCGCAUGGUUCAGUCAUGGACAUUUACACAAGACUGCACCGAAAGCAUAUAGCCUGUACAGUGCGAGAUGUUGGCUGAACGAAGGUCAAGUUAGAGUGUUGGCAACACCGAGUUUGGAGUCAAAGACAUGCCCCGAAGACUUUGCCGCCGGCGCCUGUGACCGACUUGAAUGGAAUGCUGACCACUACAGUAGGGAUAUCGUAUACUAUGAAUGGUCGUUCAAUGAAAUCAAGACCGAGUGCGAGUACGACAUUUUCGCGAACGGACAUAUUGGCACUGAACAAGAUAGCGGCCCUGUUGGCAGUAUACCAAGUGGGUCACCAGGACAAGAACAGGAGCAAGGACAAGAGCAAGGACAAGAUCAAGAUGAGAUCACUGUUGACGGCAUUGACCUUGACAAUAAUGAAGAACAAGUAACUUCAGCCGCAGCCAACAACGAGGAUCAACAAGGAGAUGGCACUCGCAACACAAUCAUCGGAGCAUCCUGUGCUGCUGGUGCCUUAUUGGUAGCGGGCCUAUGGAGAAAGAGGAGACGACAAGUCAGAACGAGAAGUAGAAUUAUACAAGACGGUGUCGUGGAGGACGAUGAUGUUGAUAGCCAUGCAGCCUUCGAAGUCGAAAUAGAAUAUGAAUACGAAGACGAAGUUCUAUCGACGUAG